AAGAGCUGAUGAAUACCAUCAACCAAUAGAAAACGAGCACUAAAACAUCACGAUCCGACUCGCCAUUCCAACAACCCCAUCUCGACCGUCAAACCGAGCCACAGAAAACACAACGGAACCAAUCCUCGGCUGUACGAUUCUCUCUCCUCAAUCGAACUCGAUCGAACCAGAAUAAAAAGUCAAAUCCUAGCCGCCCAAGUACAAACCCACGGACCCCUAUAUAAAUAAGAUUCACAUAUCCUUCUCCUACGUCCCUCUGCGCCAGCACAUUUGUCUUGUCUUUCUUCCUUUGUUUCUUGAGAAAUACUGCUACUUUCCUCGCUCUCGCACGCGAUCUCGUUUCUCCCGAUUCGAUGGCUCGUACCAAGCAAACUGCUCGUAAGUCUACAGGAGGCAAGGCGCCAAGGAAGCAGCUUGCGACCAAGGCUGCUCGUAAGUCUGCCCCAACUACUGGAGGAGUGAAGAAGCCCCACAGAUACAGGCCUGGAACUGUUGCUCUUCGUGAAAUCCGCAAGUAUCAGAAGAGUACUGAACUCCUAAUCAGGAAGCUACCUUUCCAGAGGCUUGUUCGUGAGAUUGCUCAAGACUUCAAGACUGACCUGAGGUUCCAGAGCCAUGCAGUCUUGGCACUGCAGGAGGCAGCAGAGGCAUACCUUGUUGGGUUGUUUGAAGACACUAAUCUCUGUGCAAUUCACGCCAAGCGUGUCACUAUUAUGCCCAAGGAUAUUCAGCUUGCCAGGAGAAUUAGGGGUGAGAGGGCUUAAUUGGGCACUGAUUGUUGACGAAGAUGGCAACCCUUAGAUGUUUUAGGCACUGUCUAUUUUACUAGAAGUAUAUUUUGUUUGUUAUUUCCUUCUUGUGGAUGAUUGAUAGAUAUUAAUGUGAUGGUAUUAUGGUUGUGGAUUAA